AUGGAGGACAAUUGAAUAUUGUUUGCCGCCGAACUGAGGCGUCAUUGUCAAAGACUUAUGGUUGUGUUGUGAUUUUUGUUGACAUUUGAAUAUUUGUGUGUUCUAGACUUUACGUAACACUUACCGGAUCGGCGGAGGGGGCAUUGGUUAAUUGUUGUUGCGUCAAUUUGAUUUGAAUGUCAGAUUUCAUCGCAUGCUGUAUUCUCGUGUUGUUGUCAAAUAAGAGAGAGCGAAGAGGACGGAGGAGCACUAAUAUAUUUGUUAGUAAUACCAAUUGAGACGGUAACCUCAUAUGUGUGGAGAACAAUACAAAUGAAUUUAAGGCAAUAAACAGCAAACACAGCAGCCGCACUCAUCCUAAUUUGUUUGGAUCGAUUUGAUUUGCUCAUUGCUGGCUGCCAGUCACAUCUGACGAUUUCGUUGUUACGCUGCUCCAUGCCGACACAGUAUAUAUGGCUUCCAAUGCUAAGGUUGGCGAAAUUGUACUCGUAAUUGCUGUAUCCGUAUUUCUGUACUAUUUCUUUUGGGUAUCAAUUCUGCCGUUUAUGCUCAUUGACGAAGGCAAUCUGAUACAUUCGUUCUUUCCCCCAUUGGAAUACGCAUUCAUACUACCGGCUAUAUUUGGAGUCCUCUUUUUGGGUGGCAUAGCUGUAUUCUCAUUGUAUCACAUUUGGGAUUUUAUACGAACAAAAACGGUAUAA